CCUGGCAAGAUUCUGCACUGUCAGCCACUUCUCCGAGGUCAUCCUGUGGGCCAGACUCCUCUUUGGUGCCCAGCUCUGCUGGCAGCUAGGAGAGUUGGAAGUCAGCCUGGCUUUAAGGAGCAGCUAAUUCUACAGAGAGGUCAGCCAAGGCUGUGGAGAACCGGACUCAGAAUCAGAGGAGCCAUGAGCAACCCUCAGCCUUUGGAGGAGGAGGAAUAUGACAUGUCUGGCGCCCGCCUAGCCCUGACACUGUGUGUCACCAAAGCCCGUGAAGGUUCAGAAGAAGACCUAGUCGCCCUGGAACGCAUGUUCCAGCAGCUGGGAUUUGAGAGUACCAUAAAGAGAGACCCCACUGCCCAGCAAUUCCAGGAAGAAAUGGAAAAAUUCCAGCAGGCCAUUGAUGCCCGAAAAGACUUUGUCAGCUGUGCUUUCGUGGUGCUCAUGGCACAUGGGCGAGAAGGUUACCUCAAAGGGAUGGAUGAGCAGAUGGUCGAGCUGGAGGAUCUCUUUGAGGUUCUGAAUAACAAGAAUUGCCAGGCCCUGCGAGCCAAGCCUAAGGUGUACAUCAUGCAGGCCUGUCGAGGAGAACGAAGAGACCCCGGUGAAACAGUAGGUGGAGACAAUAUUGAGAUGAUCACAAAAGACAGUCUCCAAACCAUCCCAACAUAUACAGACACCCUUCACAUCUACUCCACAGUGGAGGGGUACAUUUCCUACAGACAUGACGAAGAAGGCUCUUACUUCAUCCAGACACUGGUUGAUGUGUUCACAAAUAGGAAAGGACCCAUCCUGGAGCUUCUGACAGAGGUAACCCGGCGGAUGGCUGAAGCAGAGCUGGUUCAGGAAGGGAGAGCGAGGAAAGUGAACCCCCAAGUUGAAAGCACCCUUCGGAAACGGCUCUAUCUGCAGUAGAAGUAGAAAGGGCAGAGAGGGGCUUCCUUUCAGGCGCUCUCUCUGCCCCUCAGAUGUUUAAAGGCUGCUCUCCCUACUCCCUCAAAAUCUUCUCUCCCCAAAGCUGAAUGGUACUCAGUCCUUCUUUCAUCACACAUCUUAUACAGCCCUCCUUCCAGAUAUCCCUGUCCUGCAUAAAGCAAUCCAGCUAAAACUGAGCACAAGGCAUGAUGGUAGCAAUAACAUCACCUCCCUCAGGCUGGACUCUUUACCUCUACUAAUGCAAACUAAGGAGGUAAUCACUUAUCCCACUUUCUGCUCCUAUGCUUAUCAGAAACCCUCUUCUAUCUUUUAUGCAUCAUACCCAUACAAAUGUAACUAGAUAAAGCUCAAGAUUUUUCACUAAUAAACCACUCACCACCUCCCAUCUCUAUCAAACCUUUGCUGGCUCCUAAAUCACACCCAGACUUAUAAUGUCUUCCUGAACCCACAACCAUUCCUAUCUCCCAGAGAUUCCUUCCUAAUUCCUAAAAAUUCAGUAAGGUAAGAAUCAUCCUCUCUCUAAGACCCUUCUUCCUUGGCUAGCAAGAUGGUGCCUUGACACUGUUCAUCUCCUAGUUCAUGGGUUCUCUCUGGCUAAUGGAGAUGCCACCUCUUCUUCGGGAUCUCUCCCUCCUAAUCAACACUGCCCCCACCACCACCACCAGGCCCUGGACUCUGCCCUCUCUCCAGAAACUCCACCUAUUCCUCCACCAUUCUACAGUUUCAACUUUCACCACUCUGAAUCAGAGCAUGUUGGAACUAUGGCAGAUACCCUAGUGUCACCCUGUUGUUUUGUAGACAACAUGAUAGAGGCUCGGAGAGGUUAUAUGGCUUGUCAAAUGCCACACAGUAAGUCAAGGGCAAGAUCAAGGUUUAGCUUCCAUUCCAGCCCCCUUCCCAGUGCCUUGAUCCAUCAGAACACUUUUCUAAUUAGAGCGACUACCUGAUAAAAAGCCCUCCUACCUUGGAGAUUGGCACUCCCUAGAAGACUUCUAGAAAUCCUUGUAGAGUUGGGGAAGAGUGCUGGAGUGGAAAUGCAGACAACUGUAAUUGAACAAUGAAAUAAUUUUUAAAAAAGAAAGAAGUCCUUGAUAACCAGCAUUCAAGGUUACUUCCAUGGAAUUCCAGCACUGGGUUGGAAGCCAGAUUAAACCCACUGCCUUCCAAGUCUGAGAUGCAUGUCUCUGUAUCUGCAGCCUGGACCUUUCACAUGGAAACAACCCAUAGCCAUAUCUGCCAUCACUGAAAACACAUGAUUAAAGAUGAGGCUCUUCCUCCUGGUCCAUCCUCCAACUGUUUCCUGUCACCCUCAACCUUAAACCCCAGAUUCAGACAUCUGCAGUUUUCUUUAACACCCUUCUUCUUGCAACCUUCCUAUGCCACCAUGUCCAGCCCAGCCUGACUUUGAAACAGUUCUCAUAUCUGUCUUCUCUUCCCCAACAUGUCACUCCCUAGGUGCAGGUCCCACCCUCACAUGUUUGCACCUUUGCACCAGCUUCCUUCAUUGCCUCAUCACUUGACCAUCUCACCCCUCCUCUGCCUCCAUACCAUCUACAAUUCUUGAACUUCCUGGAAUACCCAAGAAGACACAAUGGCACCCCAUCAUUUAGAGAACAAGGCCAAGAUCCACAUCCUGAUUUCUCACACUUUCAUAAUUCCACCUCCAGCCAGCAAUCAGCUCAAUUCAUCCCUCACCUCCCUCAUCAUGAAUAUGCUCUUCCAACAAGACUAAUGUCCUCUUACUCAUCCCUCCCUCUAAGCCUUUGCUAUCACCAUUUCCACAAACUGGCAUGCCCUCUCUCUCACUUCAUCUUCUUUCUGCUACCUCCCAUCCAUACUUAUUCCAGAAAGUCAUUCCUGAUAGUUGGUUCUACUCUCUUACCUAGGAUGAGAC